UAGAGCAUGAUUAACACAGCUAGAGAAGCAGGGAGCCGUUGGAUUACAGAAGCAUUUUCAGCUCGACAUUUCUAUGUAUAUGCUUAGGAUUUAGCCACAAUGUCGACAGUGCAUCUGUUUCUCAAGGAAUGUUCAAUAAUGGACCAGCGAAUAAACUUUAAAUGGUGGCUAAAUUUUUUAAUGUUUUGCCUCCUUUUUGGUGCUUCGUUUGGAGAGGUCCGUUACGUCCUUCCAGAGGAAAUGCAGCGGGGGUCGGUUAUCGGGAAUGUUGCGCGGGAUCUGGGGCUGAAAGUGUCGGAGCUUGAUGCUCGUCGGGCCCGUGUUGUUGCAGAAGGAACUAGUCAGCUGUGUGAGCUGGACACUGCGUCAGGGAAUCUUUUGAUCAGCCAACGGAUAGACCGUGAGGAGCUCUGCGCGCAAGCCACUGUCUGCAUCCUCCAAUAUCAGCUUUUACUUGAAGAUCCCCUUCAAGCAUACAGCCUAGUUUUGGAUAUUGCAGAUAUAAAUGACAACAGCCCAGUGUUCGCCGCUGAGGAGAUAAAACUAGAUUUAGUCGAAUCCACUGUUCUGGGGAGGCGCUUUCCCUUGGAGAGCGCGCAUGACCCCGAUCUGGGAACCAACACCGUCAGUGAAUAUAAACUGAGCCCGAAUGAUCAUUUUGCACUGGAAAUGAGUACCCAAAUAAACGGCAAUGCUUAUCCAGAACUAGUUCUUAAAAAGGCAUUGGACCGGGAGGCACAAGCUGAACAUGUACUGAAAAUCAAUGGAAUUGACGGGGGAAAUCCAGUCAGAUCCGGAACUGCUUCUAUCCAUAUCCGUGUUUUGGACGCCAAUGACAACGUGCCAGUUUUCAGCCAACGUGUCUACAAGGCCUCUGUGCCAGAGAACUCGGCUAUAGGAACUGUCAUAGCAAAGCUAAAUGCCACGGACUCAGAUGAAGGUGUUUAUGGAGAGAUAACAUACUCUUUCAGUCACUUGUCUGACAAGAUUGGGGAACUAAUUGAAAUUAACCCCCAGACUGGAGAAGUUAAGGUGGCAGGUGUUAUUGACUAUGAAGAGGCUAGUUCGCAUGAGCUGGACGUCAAAGCUAAAGAUGGGGGUGGUCAGGCGUCUCACUGUAAACUUAUAAUUGACGUCAUUGAUGUAAAUGACAAUAAGCCAAUCAUAGAAAUAAAGUCAGCCUCUGCUAAUGUGGCCGAAGACUCUAAACCAGGAACUAUGGUUGCUCUGAUUAAUAUUUAUGAUUUGGACACUGGAAGCAGCGGGCGCGUCACGUGUACGAUCCCAGACAAUGUGCCAUUUAAAUUUGUAUCGGAGGUAAAAAACUAUUACAUGUUAGUGACUGACGGAGUACUAGACAGAGAACUUCAACCUGAGUAUAACAUCACAGUAACUGCCACUGAUGCGGGCUCUCCCUCACUCUCUAGUGUAAAGGUUUUAACAAUCGUGGUCAAUGAUAUUAAUGAUAACCCUCCAACUUUUACACAGAGCGAGUACAAUGCCAACAUAUUGGAAAACCAACCCGUUGGCACGUUUGUGAUGAAAGUCAAAGCAGAGGACAUUGACGACGGAUCUAAUGCUAAAAUCCUGUACCAAAUAUCAAAGGACACAAAGUCAGACGUGUCCUCCUUCCUCACCAUCAACUCAGACACAGGGGAGCUCUAUACAUCGCGCCUCUUUGAUUAUGAGCAGUCCGUUCACUUUCAAAUUAAGGUGACAGCUCGGGAUGGAGGCGACCCUCCACUCUCCACCACCUGCACUGUAAACGCUUUUAUCAAGGACCAAAAUGACAAUGCACCUGUUAUCUUAUAUCCUGUCCAAACCACCGGGUUCAUAGCUGAAGAUAUGGUGCCAGUUGAAGCUCCUAGAGGCUACCUGGUUACUAAGGUGGUAGCUGUGGACGCCGACUCUGGCCAUAACGCGUGGCUUUCCUACAGAAUAAUCAAAGCAACGCGGCCUAACUUGUUUAUGGUCGGUUUGCAUACAGGAGAAAUUAGAACUGUGCGAGCAUUUAUGGAGGACGACGAACCGAAACAAACUGUCGUUGUUUCAGUGACAGAUAACGGGCCUGAAUCUCUGUCUGCCACCGCGACAGUCAGCGUGGUGAUUGGUGAUGGGCUGCCUGUUUUAAACGAGCUCUUUGAGUUUGCGGAGGAAUCACAGGAGAGCGAUGACCUAACACUUUAUUUGAUUAUCGCCCUGAUAGCCGUUUCCUCUCUUCUCAUCCUUUUAAUCAGCGGAGUGUUUUACUUUAAGCUCUGCAAGCGCAGUUAUGUUUACCGAUCAACCACCGCUAGUCUCCCGGUUUUCCCCACGACCUACUGCCCCCCUAGUUUUACAGAUUAUAGCCGUUGUGGCACCCUGCUGAAAGAUGAACGAUAUGAUUCCUUCAUGACCACAGGGUCGUGGAGAGGCGAUUUUCGCUUCGGCUCAAGCACAGAUACCGACACGUUAAAGCAAAGAAGUGCGGCCUAUCAAAAAAACACGUUAAGGCGCGCGAGUGGCGACAGAGCUAGUCUGAAGGUGAGGACAGGUGCAUCGCAUCCCUGUUACGUGGUGAAAUGAGAGACGGUCAUAACAUACUGUAAAUAUGCUGUCAAAUAAACCCCGUGGCGAAUAAAACUUUGACCCUUUGACUGCCAAAUAUGUAAGCAUUGUAAUUGUGCGUAAAUCUGUUGUCACUGCAUUAAUGUUUUGUAAUGCUUACCCCCCAACUCAC